GGACCUGGGUGGGGCUGGAAGCUGCCGCCUGUUCGUGGGUAUUAAAGGAUUGGACUGGAGAGGAGCUUGUGUCCCCCCCUACGGGUUUGGGGCGAAUUUGGGCGGGUUUGGAGCGAAUUUGGUGGUUUUAGGGCGCUGCGGCCGUUUCGGGGGCUCCCUCGGUGCAACGGCUCGUUUUCGCGUCCUGGGCUUUCUUGUCCCUCCACGGCCGCCGUCCCGCCAAGAUGGCGGCGCGCAGGCGUACGGAAUAGGUGGGCGGGAGGGCCGAGCAAGAUGGCGGCGCGCAGCCGUACGGAACAGGCGGGAGGAGCGCGCAGCCGUACGGCGCAGGGGGCGUGGCCCAAGAUGGCGGCGCCCUGAGCGGCCCGGCCGAGCCAUGGCGGCGCCGGGAGAGGCGCCGGGAGAGGCGCUCCGGGCCGUGCUACGGCCCAGCGGGGCCCUCCCGGCCGAGGCCCUCCCGGUGCGCGGUUACGACUUCUCGGGCGGCGCGGACCACGCGGCGCUGCUCCGCUCCUUCCGCACCACCGGCUUCCAGGCCACGAGCUUCGCGCAGGCCGUGGCGGAGAUCGAGCGGAUGAUCGCGGCCAAGCUGGAGCCGCUGAGCGCGGAACAGCGGGAGCGAGCGGCCAUGGCCGGGCCGCGGGCGCCCUCGGGCUGCACCAUCUUCCUGGGCUUCACCUCCAACCUCGUCAGCUCCGGCGUCAGGGAGAGCAUCCGAUACCUCGUGCAGAACGGCAUGGUGGACGUGCUGGUGACCACGGCCGGGGGGGUCGAGGAGGACCUGAUCAAGUGCCUGGCCCCCACCUACAUCGGGGACUUCCACCUGCGGGGCCGGGACCUGCGGGAGAACGGCAUCAACAGGAUCGGGAACCUGCUGGUGCCCAACGAUAACUAUUGCAAGUUCGAGGAUUGGCUGAUGCCCAUCCUGGACACGAUGGUGGACGAGCAGGACACGCAGGGCGUGCGGUGGACGCCGUCCCGGAUGAUCGCCCGGCUGGGCAAGGAGAUCAACAACCCCGAGUCCAUCUGUUACUGGGCCCAGAAGAACAACAUCCCGGCUGAGCCCGCGCUCACCGACGGCUCCCUUGGGGACAUGAUCUUCUUCCACUCCUACAAACGCCCGGGGCUGGUGCUGGACAUCGUGGAGGACCUGCGCCUCAUCAACACCCAGGCCAUCUUCGCCACAAAGACCGGCAUGAUCAUCCUGGGCGGGGGCCUGGUCAAGCACCACAUCGCCAACGCCAACCUCAUGAGGAACGGCGCUGAUUUCUCCGUCUACGUCAACACGGCGCAGGAGUUCGACGGCUCCGACUCGGGCGCGCGGCCGGACGAGGCCGUGUCCUGGGGCAAGAUCCGCAUGGACGCCACCCCCGUUAAGGUUUACGCCGACGCCUCGCUCGUGUUCCCGCUGCUCGUGGCCGAGACGUUCGCCCGGAGCGCUGACGCCUUCGGGGCGCCUGCGGGGACCCCCGAGGUGUGAGGGACCCCCGAGGCUUGAGGGACCCCCAGGAGGGACCCCCGAGGCCUGGGGACCCCCAGGGCAUGAGGGACCCUCAGGAGGGACCCCCAAGGGACCCCCCCCAAGCUCAGCCUUGGGUGUGUGGAGCCCCCCUGACCCCCUCAGGAAGGUGGGGGACAGUGGGGGCUCCCCCCCCACUCCUGCACCCCCUGUCCGUGUGUCCCUCUGUCCCCCUCCCCUCCAUGCCUGCGUUUAUUUAUUCGAGCUCCCAAUAAAGCACGGCAGGGUCUCCA